AUGUUUUUCUCUGAUCCACCAGCAUCAGCUUGCUAUGGCUAUGGUUCUCUUCCAUCAGAUUAUAGCUUUGCAGCAGCGGCUCCAUCUAUUUACAGCAAUGGAGCCGCUUGCGGACGCUACUACUGCGUGAAAUGCACGAGCAAUGGCUGCAGGAACAGCAAUGUUAUCCGCGUGAAGAUCGUGGAUCUUUGCCCGGGCUGCCCAGGUGCCUUUGAUCUCUCCCAGCAGGCAUUUGCAAGAAUUGCAAACCCAGAUCCUGGCACAUUCUUUGCACUAGUGGACUUCAGCCAUGGAUUGCCCAUCCUUGACGCUCCCGUCGACUCUGGUUAA